AUGCCCCGUAAAGCAGGAGCAAAAAGAGUGCUGAAUUUGGGUGCUCACGGCCAGAAACAGGACAAGAGGCGUAAAUUAGAUGUGCCAAGCGACGAAGAGCACGAAACCAACGACCUGAACACCCUGCUCAGUCCUGUUGACCAUCACCACCCCACAUCUGACUCAGAUUUUGACUCGGAUGACGAGUUGCCACUCGAAAUCGAGGAGGAAGACGAUGUUCCCCACCCCACCAACUCGGACACCCUCCUCACCUGGCUGCAGCUUUGUGACAAGCUGCUGCCAGUCAGCGGCCGUAUGGUUUCUGCACUAGAACCAACCGGCCAGCCCAUUCCCAGCCAAACAUCAUGUCCAGCCAUCCAUGUCAGCGCUGCUCCACGUCGCAGGGUUCAGUAUUACAGCACAAAGAUCGGAAAGGAGCCUUCAAAGCGGUGUCAGCAGGAGAAGAGGAAGGCCGAGAAAGAGCGCACUGAGCGGGAGGCAGCUGAGAAUAAGAGAAUGGGUGUCCGGAACGGCACUCUCUUCGAGGCAUUCGGGAGAGCACAGGCGCGAGUUGACGAACACAACAGGGCAAAAAUUAUUGUGGUGGACGAUGCCGGCUCGGAGUCAAGCGACGGGGACAUCGAGAUGGUGCCUGCCGAGGAAGACCUCGGUCUCAAAUCCAGCGCCGACGAGAAUGGCCUUGAAGCAUCAUUUGGAACGCAGAUGAACGAGAGGCUCGAGUUCGAGGGACCCAGGGUUUGGGGAGGGACACCGUUGCCGGCCCAGGAGUUGCGGGAAAUGACACCGGUGGCGCCACUGCUGUCAGAGAUGGCUGUGAAGUCGCUUGGGAAGAGGGCAUGGGUGGAGGAUGUUGAAGAGAGUGGGGAAGGAACUGAAGAUGAUGAUGAAGACCCGCUGGCUGGCACCGAAAUCACGACGGAACCGCUGGAGAUGUCAGCGGAGGAGCGCGCGGAGGAGGGACUCGACGAGGACGAACCUUGGGACCAAGCUCACCCACCACCAGCAAUCUCAUCCGAACCAACCCUACCACCAAACCUGCCAUGUCCCUCCGUUCCUCCCGAGCACCAAAUCCGCAACAAUCAGGUUGACGCUCGUCGCAUUCCUUCCCGGGUGCCCUCCAACGAGUCUGUGGUCAAAGCCAUCGCCAAUAUUCACGACAAACUGCGUCCCGCGUCGCAAGGGUGGACACGGACGCAUUCGAGCCAAGCUAGACUUGGUGUUGCAAGCGCGUCUUGA